GUCAUGGCUUGCGCUUUUGCCCCAAGUAUGCAGAUGAUUGCUUGUGGUGGUCUGGACAAUAAAUGUUCUGUCAUACCUCUCAACUUUGAAGAAGAUAUAAUCCAAAAGAAGAGAUCUGUGGCCACUCAUACGAGUUAUAUGAGUUGUUGUACUUUUAUUCGGUCGGAUAAUCUGUUAUUAACUGGUAGUGGUGACUCAACUUGUGCUAUGUGGGACGUUGAAAGUGGUCAAAUGAUUCAAAAUUUCCAUGGUCAUUUAGGCGAUGUUUUUGCCGGUGCUGAUAAACACGCACUUGUAUGGGAUAUUCGCUCAGGACAGUGUGUUCAAAGCUUUGAUGGUCACGAAGAAGAUAUUAAUACUAUUCGAUUUCAUCCAAAUGGAGAUGCUUUUGCUACUGGAUCUGAUGAUGCUUCGUGCCGUCUCUACGACAUUCGCGCUGAUCGUCAAGUUGCUGUUUACCAAAAAGAAUCAAUUUUCUUCCCGGUAAAUGGUGUUGACUUUUCUGUUAGCGGUCGCCUAUUAUUUGCUGGCUAUGGUGAUUAUCGAAUUUCUGUUUGGGAUACACUCAAAUGUGUUCGAGCCCAUGUUUUGUAUGGACAUGAAAAUCGUAUUUCUUGUUUGAGAACAUCUCCGGAUGGGACAGCUAUAUGCACUGCUUCAUGGGAUUCUUUCCUUAAGAUUUGGGCAUAA